CCUGGAGGGCCAAAGCUGGUAUAAAUCAAUAGAAUAAGGAUACUGCGGGCAAUCCUGUCCUGCGCUCCCUUUCCUUCCCUCCCGUUUCGCUCCUUCCUCUCUCUCUCCCCCUCCUUCUCUUCUCUUCCCUCCCUUCCGGCGCGUUGGUUCCUUCCGCUUCCUCCUCCCGUCCCAAUGGUACGUCCCUCCCUCUCUCCCGUCUCCCCCCGCGGCUUGGGAGCGUUGGUUGGCUCCGCCAGGCAGCCCAGCCUGGUCCCUCCUCCUCCUCCUCUUUCCUCCUCCUCCUCCUCCCUCAGCGCCUUGUCAUUGAUGUUGUUGUUUUUGUCGCAGGAGCCUGAGGGGAGGCCGGGGCCGGGCUCGGGGCGGCGGCGGCGGCCGGUGGCUCCCCCCGCGGCGGCUCCCGCUCCCGAGGCUCCCGCUCCGGCCACCAUGAUGUCUUCCCCGGUGGGCGCGGGCUCCUUGCCCAGCGAGCUGGUGGUGCACAUCUUCUCCUUCCUGGCGGCGCCGGACCGGCUCCGGGCCUCGGCCGCCUGCUCGCACUGGCGCGAGUGCCUCUUCUACCCGGCCUUGUGGCCCCGGCUGCGGCUUAGCCUCCGCGUCUGCCCCGCCGAGCGCCCGCGCCUCGACUUCCUCAUGCGCAAGUGCGGAUGGUUCGUCAGGGAGCUCCGCGUCCAGUUCGCCGCCGACAACUACCCCACCGGAGGAGGAGGAGGAGGCCCUGAGGAAGCCGCCGAAGCUGAAGCCGACUCCGCCGCGGGAGUGGUCUCCGCCUCGGGCCCCGAGGGAGGAGGGGAAGCGCCUCUCUGCCCUCGGUGGCUGGAGCUGCUCCGGACCUACCUGGAGCUCGUCCUCUGCGUCUUGAGCAGCGUCCGCAACAACAGGAAUCUCCAAAAAUUAAGUCUGUUUGGUGAUAUAAGCAUUCUACAACAACAUGGAAGUAUAUCAAAUACAUACCUCAGCAAAGUGGACCCAGAUGGCAAAAAGAUUAAACAAAUACAGCAGCUUUUUGAAGAAAUAUUGGGUAACAGCAGGCAACUGAAAUGGCUGUCAUGUGGGUUUAUGCUGCAAAUCGUAACACCCACAUCAUUGUCAUCUCUUUCAAACCCUAUUGCCAACACCAUGGAACACCUGAGUUUACUGGAUAACCACAUCCCUGGUAAUACCACUCUUAUCACUGCAAUUGAAUUGGAGCGCUUUGUCAAUCUUCGUUCGCUCGCCUUGGAUUUCUGUGAUUUUACAGCAGAAAUGGCAAGAGUCUUGUCUGAUAGUAAUCAUGUGCCUUUGUAUCGACUGUCUCUUCUGGUCCACAAUAUUUCUGUAAUGCACAAGUCCUUGGAAAAUAUGCCAGAAGAUGAGGAUUGGAAGGCACUGAUACGCAACAGCACCAAUCUUCGAGUCUAUAUAAUGGCUUUCGAUAUCAAGAGUGAUGACAUGUUAAGGAUUCUAAAGCCCAGUAUCCCGCUGGAGAGGAUUCACUUUGAUAGUUACAUCACUUGCGUUUCAGGAGCUGUUGUUGAUCUCAUAUCUAGGCAGUAUGAUAAAUUCCUCACGCAUUUCAUACUAAUGAAUGAUGUGAUAGAUAUGUCUGGCUUCCCAGAUCUCAGCGACAACCGGACCGAAGAUCCAUUGGUAUUACUGGCCUGGCGGUGCACAAGGCUCUCUCUUCUGGCAGUACAUGGUUACACCGUUUGGGCUCACAACCUGAUUGCAAUUGCUCGUCUUCGUGGCUCCGACUUGAAAGUGCUUGAAGUCACAGAAGAAAGCAUUGAUUUUGACCAAGGGGAACUGGCUGAUCAGGAUGUGGAUCCAGUACACAAUCUCAUUGAGCAGGUAUCCCUUGGAUUGGGUCGACCUUGGCAUGCAGUCAUGGACAUAGAAUUACUCAGUGUCUUUACUGAGCCAACUCGUCAUUUUUACAGAGAAAUGCAAAGCUUCAGUGAAGGCAUUUAGCUCUCUUUAUUUACAGUUCCUGUGGUUACAUAUGCAAGUAGGGUCCUAUUAUGUUUUUCAGUAGUGUGAAUUAACCCCUCUUGUGCUGUGUUUAAUCAGUAUUAGCUAUAUAGAAUUAUAUAUGUAUAUUCUACUUCUUGAUCAAAGAACGUAGUCGGGUAUUGGUUUAGAAGCUGAAAGUGGCAACGUUUAGGGCUUUCACGGUUAAUGGACUUGUCUACAAAAACAAAACAAAACUCAGAUGUGGCCGAAGGUUGUCUGAGGUUGCCGGCUAACUUUCUUUUGUUUUGAGUAACUCUGCAACUUCACUGAUUUUACUAUUGUCGGAGUUUUUGUGCUCAGGAGCCAAACAUCUUUUUCCUAUCCAUAGCCCGGUGGUUUUGAAUGCAGUCAUUGUCAUGUAAACUGGUAGCAUGCUACUUAGGCUUUUUAAACAAAAAAUCAGGACUGUCAAUACCAUUUAUUGUAUACCUUUGCUUUGAUUUCACGUACAAUAUCUGAAGCAUGAAAUACCGCCACUCUGCAACCUCCUCCUUGAAUAUGAAUCAGUAGUCUCUUGCACUGUGUAGCUUCUUCAGAUGUUUACCUGACUCUGAAAGCUAUUAAGUUGUAGCUUCAUUGUAAAUGAAUUAUAGCUUCUUUUCUCGUGGUCUGUCAGCUUCUCUGUACAAGUUAGCUUUGGGCCCAGAUUUAAAAGAAAUGUUAAGUCUUUACACUCCGAUGGGGUAAAACCAUAACAAUUUAGAUAUAAAUUUAUAAGUCUUCUUUGCUUGCAAACAAACAUUAGUCGUGAAAUCCCUAGCAACUAAGUCACUGGAUUUUCUCUGUCAGCGCCUGUGUCAGCUGCCAAAGAAUAGAUUAAAAUGAAGAAGUGCCCACAUGCUGGCAGGGGCGGCCAAUUUUUGGUCAGCCAGAUACUGCUAGAUUGUAAUAUAUAAGGUCGAAUUUCGACCUGUGGUACACAGCUGUGCUGUGGCUCAGUCAGCAACCUCAGAACUCUUAAACAUGCACCUGUUUCACUGUGAAUAGUGAAUGUAAAGGAAGGAAAAGUAAACAGAAACAAGCCUUGUUCUAUCACAGGUAUGAGCUGCUAUGAUGCAUGAAGAACAUUCCAUGAAGUAUGUUUUAAAAUCUUGUUAUAUCUGAGAGGCUUUAAAAGCCGAUUUAAACUGUUUCAGGGCAACCGCGGUACAGACGUGGUCUCUGUGAGACUUCCACCUGACCCAAGUUUUAAGUGGUACGAAUGUUGUGCAUUUAAUGUUAAAGGACAGUCUGCAAUAAUAAAGUAAGUGGCCAACGUGGGUGCCCAGCAGUGCUGAGACCUGGCUGCCAUAUUGUAAGCUUUGGAAAACACAAUUUAUGCAACAGAUGUCCAGAUAUGAUUCUAUUUAUGGAAAAGUUUAUAUGUGUUUUACAAAUGGUUUUACCAUCUUAUAUUAAAAUGACCUUUUGACAGGUGUGCGCUGUUUUGUCUCCAGUGAGCACAUACCAUGCGGAUUUUAUAUGUACAUCAGUAGAGUGAAUCCACUGGCACAGUGUGUGUAUAUGCCAGAUGUGGUGAGAUUUUAUCUUAUAAAUGUGAUCAGACUAAAGUAAAUCCUGACAGAAAAUGUAAGGAAACCAGCUGAGUGUUUGACUUGAUGACUGAUGUUGUAUGGUUUAUGUUAAAUGUAUAUUCUUUUAAUCAAUGAAUAAAGCAUUAAAACUGA